AAUUUUUUUCGGUUGCGUGUCGCAAUUGAUCGAUUUUGUUUUGUUUGCCCGCCCAUAUAGUAUGUUACCAGAACACAUGUUUUUUGGCGAAACGAAGACAUCGAUGAUCAUCAAAUCAAAAACAAAAAAAAAAUGAUGAUGAACAAUUUAAUUCGAUCCAGAAUCUGGCCCAUUUAUAAUCAACUUUACAAUGCAAGAAUUCUAUUGCCAAAUGUAGGAUUUCCACAUCAACAACAACUAUUUGAAUCAACGUAUUCCAAAUACGAUACAUGGACCUAUCAACAUGACCAGGAGAUACAUCAAGAUCGUCUUUAUCCAAAACCAAAACGAUGGCCCAGAUAUAAUGAAAUUAUCCAUUCACCUGAAGAAGGUCCAGUAGAGAGGUAUUAUUGCCAUCAUCGUGAAAAUAUUAAAUAUUCGCCGAAAAAAAUGUAUUUUGUCGCUAGUUUUAUUCGUGGCAUGUCAAUCGACGAGGCAAUCAAACAACUUUCAUAUGUUAAACUUAAAGGUGGUGCUAUAGUGAAAGAAAUUCUACAAGAAGCACAAGAAAUUGCCGUACAUGAACAUAAUUUUGAAUUCAAAUCAAACAUGUGGAUUGCGGAAAGUUUUUGUUCCAAGGGUGUCGUAUAUAAAGGUUUUCGUAAACAUGCAAGAAUGCGUUUCGGUGAGAUACGUUAUUUUCAUUGUCAUUAUUAUGUUAAAUUGGUGGAAGGCGAACCACCGGAACAUUAUUAUCCAUCACAAGGGCCAUAUGUGGACAAGAUGUCAAUCGAACAACGGCUUGAACAACAUGUUGGAAAAUUGCGUCAACGAAGAAUUGAUUUUGCAUUGUAGUUUAAAACAAAUUUAUUGAUUUGUAAAUAAAAUUUCAUUUUUUUAUUAUUAUUAA